AGUCUAGAAAGGUCGUUGGACUAUAGAGGCACUUCUCGAAGUCCUCUUCUAAAUACAAGAAUCGGACGACCCGAAUUCUCAGAAGACCUUCGGCAGUCUUCCGAGAUAAAUAAAACCGAGUUGUAUUACGAAUUCCUACCUCAAACUAACCCCAUGUCUCCCUUCCGAUAAAAGAAAAGAUGGAUUCAGAAGACGGGGAGCUGUACAUCAAGCGCCUGGCCGUCUAUGUGCGAACGCACGAGAAGGCGCUGGCCAACGCCAUACAAGUCCGAAGGUCGCCCGGCCCUCGACAUGGCCCUAGUCAAAGUGUUUCCUCUAUACAGGUCCCGAACUCGCCGACCGCCUUACCGGAACGCCCUGCUACCUCUGCCUCAGCUGCAGGUCCUCUCGCGGCAGCUUUAUCGCUUGGCUCGUUAAGUUUAACAUCUAAUAAUAUUAAAUCAGCGAGGUUAAGUCUUACGCCGCAUCAUCUAUUCUACUUAUUAUCUCGCUUUGAAGAGCUAGGAAUACAUGUUGGGCCUAUGAAAGUACGUUUGGAAAACUUACACGAUACGUCAGCCGCGGCCAACUACGUAUCAUUCUUGAGUUCGUCUCAACAUACCAAGAGUCGAAGUUCCGAUGCGAUAUCGAUCCGUUCCGUAUCCAGCAUUCGAAGUGUGGUUUCGGGGAUGUCCUCCCUGUGGAAUAGUUUUGGGAUAGGGUCAAGUAUAUCUGCCGCUCGGAUGGAAAGACAAAAAGCUGCCCUCCAAGCGGAUAUGAAAUAUCUUUACUCGGCAUUCACAAAGAUACCGUGCCUCCGACUUGCACCGGACUGGAGGACGAAGCUGAUCAAGGGAUUCGAGGAGUUCCCCUUCGACUCAGCAGUACCAUUAUACGUUUUUAAGAAUCUGCAAUCAUUAGAAGUCAAUGGUGUCGACUUCAGACAGUUCUUCGGCUGGGACCGAGUGGCGGACCAGAUUAAAUCUCUGACCCUCAAGCGCGCCAGCAUCGAAGACCCCGCCGAUAUAUUGAUUGAUAUCGUAUUGGAUGAUAUGGACAAGAGGCGACGUCGAUCUGCGAAGGCACAAUCAUCCCCUACUGGCACAUACUCACGCGCAUCCCAUCCAAGACGGAGUCCUUCUACCCCCUAUGGCGGUUCACAUGGAUCUGGAAGUAUGCUACCGCCAGAGAUCCCGGGACGUCGAUAUUCGGUAGCAGACAUUCUUGUAGGAUCUAUGAGUACCGAAUCGACUGAAAGUACGUCGGCUCAGGAUUCUCGCCGCCCCUCCGUUUCUAGGAUCGAGACGGACGAGCCAAAGUCCAAUAAGUCCUCUCGACCUAGGAGUCAUUCUCCCAACCGCCCUGCCACCGCUCGUAACCAUACAUCCGCUUCAAGGGGCUCCCAUAAAGUUAAGCGUUCUGGCUCCGGUAGCUCACAAUCAAGCUUAUCCGACUCGUGGCAUAAUCCAAGAAAUAGUGCUUCCAACCUAUUGGCAAUGGGUAUAAUCCCGCCAUCCAAGUGGCGAUUCUUAAGACAUCUAAGCUUGGCAGACAACUCUCUCACAGUGAUACCAGCGGCCAGUCUUUCUCCUUUGGCCAACACCUUAGCUUCCCUGGAUCUCUCUACAAAUCUCUUCACACAAAUCCCCGAUAGCCUGGCAACUCUUACCGCACUCCGUGCUCUAAACCUUUCGCAUUGCAUGAUAGAUUCUCUCCACUCCCUGCUUCGCAAUCCUCUACCAGCUAUCAGCGCCUUGAAUCUCCGAGCCAACCGCCUUCAAUCGAUUGCGGGGAUUGAGAAGCUCUAUCCGCUUGAAAGAUUAGACCUCAGAGAUAACCGCCUGACUGAUCCGAUGGAGUUAGCUCGCCUAACUGGAAUUCCAGACAUCCAUGAAGUAUACGUCGAAGGGAAUCCUUUUACACGAUCUCAUCGAGACUACCGAAUCACCAUUUUUAACCUCUUCCGCAACACACCUGGGUAUACAGAGGAUAUUGUCAUUGACGGUUCCGGGCCAUCCAUGUCCGAAAGGAGAUAUCUCGUAGACCGCGUUGCUGUACCUGCCGCUGUCCCUGUAGUGAAGCCUGCUGUCCCGGAAAUGCCUGCGGUAGAUGUAAGCAAGCCAGCUAUCAUCCAAGAGACUCCAAGGGAGCCUGCAGUUCUGCGCAAGGAGAGGCCGUCACGUCCUACACCGAAGGCAGUCGCUAGCGAGAUCAACACAACAUCCACAAGGCGUCGGCGUACCCCAAAACGCAGGAUAGUUGAUCUGGCUACAAACGACCGUGUUGGAGACAACGAGCACCAAACAGCUGGCGUCGACAAGACUGUUCUUGACUCGUCUCCAACAGUGGUUGAGUCGGAAAGUAGUUACCGUGUCUCUCAGCCCCCAGAGAUACGAGAUGUGCCUGUUAGAGCGUUCUCCGAGACGAAACUUAACAACACCUCCAACCCACCAGAGGUGCCGCGUAUUAAUACUAGCGCUGUCUUGCAGCCUCCGGUGUCCUUCCUUGGUAGUCCAGAGACACCGGAUAUGUGGAAGGAGGCUCAAGAUUGGAAUGUCAGUGGCGAAAUCUACCGACAAAAGAUUGAAGCACUACGAGACAAGGUUGGAAAUGGUUACCUAAGCGUCCUUAAUGAGGAGAGUUGGGAAUCAUCUCGUCCGACAUACGUCCCCGGAGACUUUAGUCCCACCUCGACGAUCCGACCUAGCUCUGUUACUCGCACCCCAAGUGCUCAAGCUAUUCCUAGCGCUGGCUCUAUGUGCUGAUCAGAACAUUCAUAUGAAUAGUCAUAUUUUUCUUUCCGCCUUAGAAGCAGCCUUCUUUGGCAUUAUCACAUACCCCUAUUGUCGCUGUGGUUUUCGAUAUACCAGUACCCAUUGUAGGGUAUCAGUUUAGUCAUGCCUGAUGUCUUAUGGAGCAUAGCGUUUCGGCGUUCAACGGAAGGAAUUCAUGGUCUUUUGCAUCGACCAGGUCUGUGAUACCAUCGCAGCUUAGGUCUUUUUU